AUGGAUACGUCAUAUGAAUCUCUUUCUGAUGCUUAUGAGUAUGAAGCUCUUCCAAAAAAUUCUUCUUUUUUGGCAAAUAUGUUAGCUGGUGCCUUUGCUGGUAUAAUGGAGCAUACUUUAAUGUAUCCUGUUGAUGCAAUAAAAACCCGAUUGCAGAUUGUUAGUUCUUCUUACGCUAUUCAUACAAGUAUAAUACAAUCCUUGCGCUGGAUGGUUUCUUCAGAAGGUGCAAGAUCUUUGUGGAGAGGUAUUUCGUCUGUUGUUGCUGGUGCAGGUCCUGCACAUGCUUUAUAUUUUGGAACAUAUGAGUUUGUUAAGUAUCAGUUCAGUAGAUAUUCUCAACAAGAUGGGGUAUUGCCUACAGGCCUAUCAGUGAUGGCAGGUGCAUCUGCAACGAUUGCUUCAGAUGCUUUGAUGAACCCAUUUGACGUAAUUAAACAGCGAAUGCAGAUUCGUGGUUCUGAAUAUACGUCUGCUGUUAAUUGUGCUCGAGUGAUUUUUAAGAAAGAAGGGCUUUGGGCAUUUUAUAUUUCUUAUCCUACGACACUUACAAUGACUAUUCCUUUUGCUGCAAUACAAUUUCUUAUAUAUGAGUCUUCGUUGAAUAUUUUGAAUCCUCAACAUAUUUAUAAUCCUAUUACUCAUAUUAUAUCAGGUGGCAUUGCAGGUGCAGUGGCUGCUGCAACAACUACACCUUUAGAUGUUGUAAAGACAUUGUUACAAACACGUGGAACGUCUUCUGAUGAUAGAAUUCGAAAUUGCAAGGGUCUGAGAGGUGCAAUUAGUAUUAUUUAUGAAAAACAUGGAUUAGAAGGUUUUAUGCGGGGUAUAAAACCUAGAGUAGUGACUGCCAUACCAAGCACGGCUAUAUGCUGGAUGUCUUAUGAAGCAGGGAAAGAAGUAUGGUUUCGAUUUUCAAAAAACACAUAG